AUGCCAGGGCUGGUCAGGAAACCCUUUGAAUGUAUGGAGUGUGGAAAGAGCUUCUCUGAGAGUGGAACACUUAGAAAACAUCAACGAACUCACACGGGGGAGAAACCAUUUCAAUGUAUGGAGUGUGGAAAGAACUUCUUUCAAAGUGAAACGCUUAGAAAAGAUCAACGAACUCACACGGGGGAGAAACCAUUUGAAUGCAUCGAAUGUGGAAAGAGCUUCAGUCGUAGUGCAGACCUUAGAGUACAUCAACGAACUCACACAGGGGAGAAACCCUUUAAAUGUAAGGAGUGUGGAAAGGGCUUCAGUCAAAGUGGAGCCCUUAGCAGACAUCAACUAACUCACACGGGGGAGAAACCAUUUAAAUGUACUGAAGGUGGAAAGAACUUCUUUCAAAGUGAAACGCUUAGAAAAGAUCAACGAACUCACACGGGGGAGAAACCAUUUGAAUGCAUCGAAUGUGGAAAGAGCUUCAGUCGUAGUGCAGACCUUAGAGUACAUCAACGAACUCACACAGGGGAGAAACCCUUUAAAUGUAAGGAGUGUGGAAAGGGCUUCAGUCAAAGUGGAGCCCUCAGCAGACAACAACGAACUCACACGGGGGAGAAACCAUUUAAAUGCAUUGAAUGUGGAAAGAACUUCAGUGAAAGUGGAGCCCUUAGAAUACAUCAACGAAUUCACACGGGGGAGAAACCAUAUAAAUGUACUGAAGGUGGAAAGAACUUCUUUCAAAGUGAAACGCUUAGAAAAGAUCAACGAACUCACACGGGGGAGAAACCAUUUAAAUGCAUUGAAUGUGGUAAGAGCUUCAGUCGAAGUGGAGCCCUUAGAAGACACCAACGAACUCACACGAGGGAGAAACCAUUUAAAUGUACUGAAGGUGGAAAGAACUUCUUUCAAAGUGAAACACUUAGAAUACACCAACGAACUCACAUGGGGGAGAAACCAUAUAAAUGCAUUGAAUGUGGAAAGAACUUCACUGAAAGUGGAGGCCUUAGAAAACAUCAACGAAUUCACACGGGGGAGAAACCAUUUAAAUGCAUUGAAUGUGGAAAGAACUUCAGUCGAAAUGGAAACCUUAGAAAACAUCAACAAACUCACACGGGGGAGAAACCAUUUAAAUGCAUUGAAUGUGGAAAGAACUUCAUUGAAAGUGGAGCCCUUAGAAUACAUCAAAGAACUCACAUGGGGGAGAAACCAUUUAAAUGCAUUGAAUGUGGAAAGAACUUCAUUGAAAGUGGAGCCCUUAGAAAACAUCAACGAAUUCACACGGGGGAGAAACCAUAUAAAUGCAUUGAAUGUGGAAAGAACUUCACUGAAAGUGGACACCUUAGAAGACAUCAACGAACUCACACGGGGGAGAAACCAUUUAAAUGCAUUGAAUGUGGAAAGGGCUUCAGUUGUACUGGAGCACUUAGAUAUCAUCAACGAAUUCACACAGGGGAGAAACCAUUUAAAUGUAUAGAGUGUGGAGAAAGCUUCUUUUACAAUGGAAGACUUAGGAUACAUCAGCGAACUCACACGGGGGAGAAACCAUUUAAAUGCAUUGAAUGUGGAAGGAGCUUCAGUCAAAAUGGAGCACUUAGAAAACAUCAACGAACUCACAUGGGGCAGAAACCAUUUGAAUGCAUCGAAUGUGGAAGGAGCUUCAGUUGUACUGGAGCACUUAGAUAUCAUCAACGAAUUCACACAGGGGAGAAACCAUUUAAAUGUAUAGAGUGUGGAGAAAGCUUCUUUUACAAUGGAAGACUUAGGAUACAUCAGCGAACUCACACGGGGGAGAAACCAUUUAAAUGCAUUGAAUGUGGAAGGAGCUUCAGUCAAAAUGGAGCACUUAGAAAACAUCAACGAACUCACACGGGGGAGAAACCAUUUAAAUGUGUUGAAUGUGGAACGAGCUUCAGUCGAAAUGGAACACUUAGAAGACAUCAACGAACUCACACGGGGGAGAAACCAUUUGAAUGCAUUGAAUGUGGAAAGAGCUUCAGUCAGAUUUCAGCACUUAGAGUACAUCAACGAACUCACAUGCAGCAGAAACCAUAUAAAUGCAUUGAAUGUGGAAAGAACUUCACUGAAAGUGGAGCCCUUAGAAGACAUCAACGAACUCACACGGGGGAGAAACCAUUUAAUUGUUUUGAAUGUGGGAAAAACUUCAGUGUAAGUGACACACUUAGAAAACAUCAACGAACUCACACGGGGGAGAAACCAUUUCAAUGUUUGGAGUGUGGAAAGAACUUCAGCCAAAGUGGACACCUUAGGAAACAUCAGCUAACUCACACAGGAAGAGAACCACAGAUGUAGGGAAUGUGGAAAGAGCAUGAGGGAGUGGAGACCUUCAUAUUCAUAAGCGCAUUCACUGGUGAAAAGCCUUAUAAAUGUAUGCAGGGUUCCACUCAAGGCUUACUCUUACAAGAAACUCAUAAAGGGGGAAAUAAAUUUUAAAUACAUGGAACCCCUGUGAUGUUCUGGUGUUUGUAUUCAAAUUUGUAUACACAUAUAUAUGUAUUAAAGUAAUGAAGGUCACAUAUACUAAAUGUAGAAAAGAAGUUGCAAGUUGUUGCUAGAUAAACGGGGCGAGAGUGUGAAUCUGGAA